GGAGCUUGACUGAAAGUAAGCGGCUGAAUCUUACACAGGUAACUCAGGAAAAUAGCGAGACAGAAAAAAAAUUAUUCUGGGUUUAUGGAGUUCGCGUGAAAGAAAACAGGGAUUUUUUUCUCCAAUUUUCUUUACCAGUUAAACCAGUAUCUCUGGAUAGAACACGCUCAAGUACUUGAUCAGGUAGAGUCUUUGGUCGAAAUCUCUUUCGUGUCCUCUUGAAAAUAAUCUUUCCCCCUAUUCGUUUACUUGACUUCAAUUGCAUUUCCAGACCUUUUGUUUGUUUCUCUUAUCACUGGAAAAAGGUGGACCCUCGUGUUAUUUUUAUUUCAUCUUUGCUUUUAAUUGUAGUUUUUACCCUUGUGGUCCCUGAUGGCUUCGCACAGUGAUACUCUGGUGGUGUUCUUUGGGGCAACAGCUGGUGCAAAUGGGGGUAAACUGGGUUCGGAUGAGAGGGAAAUAAUUCUCUUGGUGUGGCAAAUUGUGGAUCUACAUAAGAAAAAGGUUGGGAAACUUCAGAGACGUCUUGUGAAGCCCGACUCUUUGGAGUUGACAGACCAGAGUAAAGAGGAGACUGGGCUGUCUGUGGACGAACUCUACAAGGCUGAACCUCUGGACAAAGUUCUGCAACAGUUCCAGCAGUCCGUCUCAGCGGAGUUGAAGGCUCUGGGCAGAAGCUCCUACACACUGUGUGUUGAUGGGCCCCUCAUCAUACGACAGGCCCUUCACCCUGAGGCCUCCAAGAAGAACCUGGUCCUGCCAGAGUGUUUCUACACCUUUGUGGAUGUAAGGAAAGAGUUUCACAAAUGUUGUCCCAAUGCUGGACAGGUCCAGGACCUAACACUGCCCUAUAUCCUAGAAUAUGUGUGCAUCCCAGAACUUCCCCUGUCAGAGCAGGUGAUGGGGCUGAAGGAGGUGAGAUGUAUGGUCCAGCUCUGCCUGCACAUCCUGGCUGAGCCAUACAACCACAAAUUCUCAUGCUUUGAAGCUGUGAAGUACAAGCUUGAAUCGGGAGCAUGCAGUAAGACUGAACCAGUGGACAGUGAGACAGUGAUCAGAGCCAGGGGGUUGCCAUGGCAAUCCUCUGAUCAGGACAUCGCCCGCUUCUUCAAGGGCCUCAACAUCGCCAAGGGUGGUGUGGCCCUCUGUCUGAAUGCCCAGGGCAGGAGGAACGGCGAAGCCCUGGUUCGGUUCAUCAACCAGGAGCACAGAGACCUGGCCCUGGAGAGACACAAACACCACAUGGGUAGCAGAUACAUUGAGGUAUACAAAGCCACAGGAGAGGAAUUCCUCAAGAUUGCUGGAGGCACGUCCAACGAAGUGUCCCAGUUCCUGUCCAAGGAGAACCAGGUGAUCAUCAGGAUGAGGGGUCUUCCCUUCACCGCCUCUCCCCAGGACGUGUUGACCUUCCUGGGGGCCGACAGCCCCGCGACGGACGCCAGCGACGGCCUACUCUUCGUAAAGUACCCUGACGGGCGGCCCACAGGCGACGCCUUCGUCCUGUUCUCCUGUGAGGAGUACGCUCUGAACGCCCUGAAGAAACACAAGCAGAUCCUGGGCAAGAGAUACAUUGAGCUGUUCAGAAGCACUGCAGCGGAGGUCCAACAGGUCCUGAACCGUUACAUGUCCACCCCUCUGAUCUCCACGCUGCCCUCCUCUUCCAUGGUCCCCAUGCCGGUCUUGGCCACGCCCCCCUACCUGGCGACUGGCAGCACACGGGACUGUGUCCGUCUGCGAGGUCUACCCUACACCGCUGCUAUAGAGGAUAUACUGGAGUUCAUGGGAGAAUACACUAUUGAUAUUAAACCACAUGGAGUUCAUAUGGUGCUCAACCAACAGGGUCGUCCCUCAGGUGACGCCUUCAUUCAGAUGAGGUCAGCUGACAGGGCGUUCAUGGUGGCCCAGAAGUGCCACAAGAAGAUGAUGAAGGACCGCUAUGUGGAGGUGUUCCAGUGUUCUACUGAGGAGAUGAGCUUCGUCCUGAUGGGAGGAACACUCAACCGCAGCGGCCUGUCCCCUCCACCCUGCAAACUACCCUGUCUGGCUCCUCCAGCCUAUGCUGCGUUCCCUUCUCCUGCCAUGCUCUCUGAGGCUGCUCUGUACCAGCCCCCCCUACUGGCCACCCCCAGAACACCCCAGCCCCCACUCAGCCCCCACCCCACCCUGGCCUACUACCCCCCACAGCACCACCCUGCACAGCUCUACAUGAACAUGAACAUGAACUACACUGCAUACUACCCCAGCCCCCCAGUCUCUCCCUCCACGAUGAGCUACUUUGCGUCUCCUCCAGGGUCAGUAGCGUUAGCAGCCCAGCAGCCCCAUGCCCAAGGCCACGUUGCCUCUCCCAUGAUGCCACAGCACGGCGCUCUAGUUAGGAUGCAGGGUCUGCCCUACAACGCCGGGGUCAAAGACAUCCUCAGCUUCUUCCAGGGAUACCAGUACUCUCCUGAAGACUACAGCAGCAUGGUUCAGAUGAGUCAGGGACAGACCAGGAGUCUGAUCCAGCCCAAAGAGUGGCUCUGUCUGUAGGGAGACUAAGCUCCAGCCGGACGCCGUCCUCCUGUUGUACAACUUCAGCGGCCAGCGUAGCGGCGAGGCCCUGAUCACCUUCCCCAGCGAGGAGUCAGCCAGGCGGGCCGUGGCCGAGCGCGCCAACCACCCCCUGUCUGGUCUCCCCGUCCGUCUGCUGGUGUGCUGCGACUGACCUCGACCAGCUGACAGCGACCAUGGAGGGAGGAGUCGAGGACCGCAACUGCUGAUUCCUUUUCUCCCUCGUCACUUCCUCUCCCUCCACUACUGAUACACACACACACACACACACACAAUCUGCCGACUCUCCUCCUCGUCACUUCCUCUCCCUCCACUACUGAUACACACACACACACACACACACCUCCCCACAAACAAUCUGCCGACUCUCCUCCUCGUCACUUCCUCUCCCUCCACUACUGAUACACACACACACACACACCUCCCCACAAACAAUCUGCCGACUCUCCUCCUCGUCACUUCCUCUCCCUCCACUACUGAUACACACACACACACACACCUCCCCACAAACAAUCUGCCGACUCUCCUCCUCGUCACUUCCUCUCCCUCCACUACUGAUACACACACCUCCCCACAAACAAUCUGCCGACUCUCCUCCUCGUCACUUCCUCUACUGAUACACACACCUCCCCACAAACAAUCUGCCGACUCUCCUCCUCGUCACUUCCUCUCCCUCCACUACUGAUACACACACCUCCCCACAAACAAUCUGCCGACUCUCCUCCUCGUCACUUCCUCUCCCUCCACUACUGAUACACACACACACACACACCUCCCCACAAACAAUCUGCCGACUCUCCUCCUCGUCACUUCCUCUCCCUCCACUACUGAUACACACACCUCCCCACAAACAAUCUGCCGACUCUCCUCCCUCUUAGCCUCUUUCUCAAGCUCCCUCUCAACAUUCAUACACAGACUGACAGACACCUCUCCCCACAGCACUAGGUUGUACACAUAUAUUUUAUAUAUGAUGCACAUCCUCCUUCCUGUGUGUCUGGCACGAAGUGCCUUGUGUGAAUACUUCCAUAACAUCCACCGACGAUGCCAAUGAAAUGUACCACUCACCUAAAGCAUGAAACCACUUCUCCCCUUGUUUUAGCUAAAUGACAACUACAGCCCCACUAUAUAAGAUGUUCAUACCUUCAAACAAAAUCCCUAUUCCCCUGUGUCUGGUUUGUCAGUCUGAAAACACUACUGUAUGUAGCCUACCGUGUGCAUGUCUGCAAAAACGAUGUAUGCAUGUUAGUUGUAAAUGAUGUGCCUUCCAAUGCUGGGCUGUACAGUGUAAUAAUAAAUAAGAGCCAUAUAGACUGACUGUAACUGAAACUACUACUGUACUGGAUAGAAGGGAAAUCAGACGCUCGUUCCACUACUCCCUUUUCUAAAACUAGAAAAGACAAGGCCACUAUGUACAGUAGUGAGAGCCAGUAACAUGCUGGAUGCUGAGCUUAAUGACAGCUACUUGUGUAACAGUGUUUGUUUCUGCUGUGAAAGCAUUUGUAUGGCAUGCCAUUCUAUUUAGAAUAUGUCCAAGCACUCUUUGUUACAAUCAGAGUAGGCUAAGGCUCAAGUACCUGAAGUGUCAUUUAGUUCUCUAGUAUACUAGCAUGACAAAUAUUGAUUCUUUGUUUAAUCCAAAAACUCUUCCUAAAAUGUAGAUUUAUUUAAAUGUGAAAAGAGUUGGCUGUUGGUCUGCAUGAUCUUUAACAGUAUCCUUUAUCCUUUAAAGAGAGUAGAUCUCUGUGCCAUCUGUUUUCUUCCAGACUAUAUUUUAUAGAAAACCGCGGUCUUCUGUAGCAUGCUUUCUAUUCUCCCUUGUUUUUGGACCGACAAACUGUGUAAAAAAAAAAAAUAUAUAUAUAUAAAUAAAAAAACGCAGAAUUAGUUGUUCCUGUGACUGGGCUGCUGAGAACUCUAGUCUGGUUUCUCAUCUUCGCUGUGCCUAUAUUACCCAGAGUGCAAUAGCAGCCCCCUCUGUGGCUUGGCUGACCUCUGGUGGCAGAUGGAAAACAUUUUUUGUUUCUUUUAAGCAAGUUUGAGACUUGACUUGUAUGAAUUUAACUACUGUAUGUGUGUAUAACUGUUUGAAUAAAUACAUGAAACUUUA